GAGUUGUCCAUGGCAUAGACAACAACAACAACAACGGCCGUAAUUCAAUCGAUUUCGACAUUGAAAUUUUUUCUUCAUUACAAUUUUCGAAUUUCACUUGUAAUAUUCUCAUAUUUGCUUUAAAGAAUUAACACGAAAUAAUGAGUAAAAUUUCUAAAUCAUCCAAUCAAUCGAAACAGUUGUUCAAUGAAAAAUGUUCCAUCAUAUCAAUGCCAAAAAUCAAAGUGAUCCCAUUACCUGAACUAAUUGAUCAUCAUGAGCCAUUUUUAGGUGAGAUAAUUAGAAAAAUUUCCAGUGUUGGGAAUGUCGAAGAAUUUGAUUCGAUACAACGAAUAAAAGCGAAACAAAAACAAAAUCGAUGUUGGCAAUUUUUGAAAUCAACUAUCCAAAUCAUAAUCAUAUCGGCUAUUGCACUGAUAACUUUAUGUUCUUAUUUUGUUUUCGAUCCUAUGAUUAGUGAUGCUAUCGAAUCGCAAUUGAAUUUGGAUCAAAAUUCUUCCAUGAUCAAUGCAUGGCAACAUCCAUCAUACCCCUAUACAAUGAAAUUCUAUCUGUUUGGAUUGAAAAAUGCAGCUGAUUUUCUUCGAGGCCAACGUCCCAUUCUAGUUGAAUAUGGACCGUUUGUUUACCACGUGGACACAAAACGUACGAUUACAAAAUGGAAAUCCGAAUCCAUUCAAUUCACAGAACAAGCAUUUUUUCAUUUCGAUCCUAAUCUUUCAUUGCCAUUAGGAACCGAAUUGACUGUACUCAAUUAUCCUCUUUUGACAGCUUUAUUUAUGGUAAAAUCAAUGAUAAAAGAGAAUUCUAUUUUAGGAUUCUUAAGUCCAGUUGUUCAAAAUGUUGUAGCAAAUGUAAUUCAAUCUAGUGGUGAGAAAAUUAUUGUACAAAGACAAGCACUUGAUCUAUUGGAUGGUCAUCGAGUAAAAUUUUUAAAAAAUGUUCAACGCCUUCUGAAACCGAUCAAAGCUUUGGGCAUUACAUUCAAUUCUGAAUUGGAAAAUAUGGAUUUUGAACAUUAUUCAUUUGGAUUUGGGCCUCAAAAUUCUGGUCACAAAUCAGAAUUAAAUGAACAUUAUCGUCACACAAAAAACGGCCAUCUAUUCGAUGGAAUUUAUAAAAUUGCUGGCAAACGAAAACUUAAAGAUUUCCGUUCACCAUGUAAUGAGAUCAAUGGCAGUUCAGGCAUAUUUUUUGGGAUGCAUUUGACAGCACCAGAGAUUUCAUUUUUUAGCAAUUCUGUUUGCCGAAAAAUCCUUGUACGUUAUUCUGUCGAUAUUCAGUUGUUUAAUUCUACAUAUCAGCCAAAUCGAUGUUAUUGUUUACAACCAAAGUUAUCCAAAUGUCAAGGAUGGCUAGAUACAUCACCAUGUCUUGGACAAUUACGAGUGGGUGCUUCUUUACCACAUUUUUAUAAUAGUUUUAGACGACAAAAAACUGUAAUAGGUUUACAGCCCGAUUAUUCCAAGCAUAUUGGAUAUUUAGAUGUAGAGCCAAAUAUUGGAAUGCCAAUCAAUGGUCGUAUUGCUGUACAAUUCAAUAUGCGUAUUUCAUCAAUACCAAUGAUUGGUUUACAAUCCAUACGCAAUACAAUAUUGCCAAUGUUUUGGGCCGAACAAUCAAACACAAUACAAACGCCAAUGAUUUAUUGGCUAAUGAUUAUAUCAUUAAGUUUUAAUUAUGGAAAAUAUUUUAUUCUUUUUAUUGGAACAUUUAUUACAUUGAUAUGGUUUUAUCGAUUUUUCGAAAAACCAUAAUAAUCAUCACAAUUUUUUUUACAUAAGAUACUUUGAAAAUAAACUAUAAAAAUGGAAUUAAAAGUGACC